ACACUGUAAGAAUUCAGUUAGCAUUGCUGUGAGCCCAACUGUGUUUUAGGAUGGUCUUUUGUAGAAAGGUUGGGCAAUUUAACUGAUGCUUAUCGAAUACCACUAUAUUUAAUAUACUUUGUACCAUAUUUCUUGAAGUAUCUCUGGAAUGUAUCUCUUACUAUCUCAGUUUUUAGGACCAGAGAAACAUUCUAGAAGAGGGGUGGGACUGGGCCCUGUGAUACAUUAGCUGGUAAGUGGCAGCUUUAGGAUUUGCAAUCAAGAUGAUUGGAUUGCACUGAGGGGGCACACUUAAUUGCAGCAUAGGGAAGCUUGAAUAAUUGGUGUCUGUUGGUUAGCGGUGUUUGAAUAAUUUGGCAGCUGUUGAGUAUAUAAACCAGCUCUCUUACUCCAAAAUUUGUGUGAUUCCCACUCAGUCUUAUACGGGUUAUUUAAACUACACUUUGUAAAAGCCAACUGUUUUAUAUAUAUUCUUUAAAUCAUGCAUCACCUGUUCUGCAUUUGCUUUGAGGAUAUUAUGGAGACCGGAGCUGAAUUGAAUCUACAACUGACAUACUCACAGACUGUUCUGGCAAACACCCUGAUGUCAGUGUACAUUUAGUCCAUGUUACAGCUUAUUGAUUCCUGGGAUAACCAUUGACUAGCUCUGUAUUUUGAUGUGAAUCAUCUCUUUGUUAACUGUAUCUACAUGAGUAUUAAAUGUAAUGGAAGGUUUGAGAAUAUGCAAAUAUGAACAUUUAUUAAUGAGAUCCUUAGUGGGAUCAGAAAGCUAUAAAGCUGGAAAUGGAGUAUCGAAUCCAACCUACUUUGUACAGAUAUAACAAACAAACUCAGUAAAGCUAGAAAUGCAGAGCGAUGAAGAAUGUGACAGGAAACCCCUGAGCCGCGAAGAUGAGAUCAGGGGCCAUGAUGAGGGGAGCAGCCUAGAAGAGCCCCUGAUUGAGAACAGCGAGGUGGCUGACAACAGGAAAGUCCAGGAGCUUCAAGGCGAGGGAGGAAUCCGGCUUCCGAAUGGUAAACUGAAAUGUGACGUCUGUGGCAUGGUUUGCAUUGGGCCCAAUGUGCUUAUGGUACAUAAAAGGAGUCAUACUGGUGAACGCCCCUUCCACUGUAACCAGUGUGGAGCUUCUUUUACUCAGAAGGGCAACCUUCUGAGACACAUAAAGUUACACUCUGGAGAGAAGCCGUUCAAAUGUCCUUUCUGUAGUUAUGCCUGUAGAAGAAGGGACGCCCUCACAGGACACCUCAGGACCCACUCUGUGGGCAAACCUCACAAGUGCAACUACUGCGGCCGGAGCUACAAGCAGCGCAGUUCCCUGGAGGAGCACAAGGAGCGCUGCCACAACUAUCUCCAGAACGUCAGCAUGGAAGCUGCCGGGCAGGUCAUGAGUCACCAUGUACCUCCUAUGGAAGAUUGUAAGGAACAGGAGCCUAUUAUGGACAACAAUAUUUCUCUGGUGCCUUUUGAGAGACCUGCUGUCAUUGAGAAGCUCACAGGGAAUAUGGGAAAACGUAAAAGCUCCACUCCACAAAAGUUUGUGGGGGAAAAGCUCAUGCGAUUCGGCUACCCAGAUAUUCACUUUGAUAUGAACUUAGCGUACGAGAAGGAGGCUGAGCUGAUGCAGUCUCAUAUGAUGGACCAAGCCAUCAACAAUGCAAUCACCUACCUUGGAGCUGAGGCCCUUCACCCUCUGAUGCAGCACCCGCCAAGCACAAUCGCUGAGGUGGCCCCAGUUAUAAGCUCAGCUUAUUCUCAGGUCUAUCAUCCAAAUAGGAUAGAAAGACCCAUUAGCAGGGAAACGUCUGAUAGUCAUGAAAACAACAUGGAUGGUCCGAUCUCGCUCAUCAGACCAAAGAGUCGACCCCAGGAAAGAGAGGCCUCUCCCAGCAAUAGCUGCUUGGAUUCUACUGACUCCGAAAGCAGCCAUGAUGACCACCAGUCCUACCAAGGAAACCCUGCCUUAAAUCCCAAGCGGAAACAAAGCCCAGCUUACAUGAAGGAGGAUGUCAAGGCUCCUAAGGGCGCUCUGAAGGACAUCUACAAGGUCUUCAAUGGAGAAGGAGAACAGAUUAGGGCUUUCAAGUGUGAGCACUGCCGAGUCCUUUUCCUAGACCACGUCAUGUACACCAUUCAUAUGGGUUGCCAUGGCUACCGGGACCCACUGGAAUGUAACAUCUGUGGCUAUAGAAGCCAGGACCGUUAUGAGUUUUCAUCACACAUUGUUCGAGGGGAGCACACAUUCCACUAGGCCUUUUCAUUCCAAAGGGACCCCCAUGAAAAACUGCUCAUGAAGAAAUACUGCACUUACAAUCUCACCUCCCCUCAGAUGUUGACAAACCCCUUUUUUAAAAAAAAAUUACUGUCAAUAAUUAUUUUGUGGACGCAGUGUCAUUUGCUCUGCCUGAUUAAAGUAAGGAAGAAACA